AUGGAAGGCUGGAAUGAAAGAACACAUGUUUAUGGGAAACCCUAUGAAAGUAACCAGUGUGGUAAAGCCUUCACACAUCACACUGAUCUUCAAAGGCAUAAAAGGAAUCAGAGUGGAGAGAAACCAUGCGAAUAUAAUCAAUGUGGUAAAGGCUUUUUGCAACACAGUAAACUCCACCUACACAGAAAAACACAUGCUGGAGAGAAACCCUAUGAAUGGAAUGAGGUGAUCUCCGAAAGCCUGAAAGUACUCAUACUGGAAAGCAGUCCUGUGACUAUAAUCAUUGUUGUCAAGCCUUUUCACAACAGGCCCUACAAAUGUAAUCAGUGUGGUAAAGCCUUUUCUCAACCUAGUGGUUUCCAUGUGCAUAAAAGAACACAUACUGGAGAGAAACCCUACAAAUGUAAUCAGUGUGGGAAAGCCUUUUCACAACCCAGUAGUCUCAAAAAGCAUAAAAGAACACAUACUGGAGAGAAACCCUACAAAUGUAAUCAGUGUGGGAAAGCCUUUUCACAACCCAGUAGUCUCCAAAGGCAUAAAAGAACACAUACU